AUGAGGUACAAUGAAGGCAAAUUUUUAAAAUCUAAAAUAGAAGAAACUGAUGGAUUAUUUUUUGGAGAGCAUAGUAAAGGGCCCUUGUUAAAAAAUACAAUAAAUCCACAAUUUAAGUCCAUGACAUUAGGAAAUUAUAAAAUAAAAAGUUAUGUCAUUGGAGAUUCAUAUUUUUGUACUUUAAAAAAUGAACAUGUACAACUUGUGAAUAUUGCACAUUCAAAAGAUACAGGUGAUGUUGUCUUAAUUGGAAAACGCUUUGAGAAACAAGAAGAUUUUUAUUCUAGACCUAUUAAUUCAUCUUGUCUAGGUAUAUAUAUUGUAAAACAAUUGUCAAACACCUUAAGAUGCUGGGAUAUUAAAGAUGUAAAAAAAAAGUUAUGA